AUGCAAACGGCUCUAGUCGCCCUCAUGCUCUUUGCUUUGGCUUUCGCGUACCAUUUUGUAUCAAAAAUACCCCCUUUGCGAUCAGCUCAAGACUUUGGAGACAAAUCGAGCAGCGAAGUGGUGCACAGCCGAUUGCUAGAGCACUCGGUAGUGCAGCUGCUGGGCUUUGACGAUGGCUACAAGUUCGUCAGUGAAUACAAUGUCGACGAACAGGGACCCCUGUACAUUUUGGUGAUGAGCGGUGUGAGCGAGAGUGGCAAGUACUGGUGUCCAGACUGUGAGGAUGCCAAGAAGCCCGUAAUGGACGCCUUUGGCCGCUCCCCACGAGGGUCAAGACUCGUGGAGAUUCGCGUGGGCCCACCUGCCUAUUGGAAAGACUCGAUGAACGACUUUCGACAGAAUGAGCUCUUCUAUUUGGACUACAUCCCGACGCUUAUGCGGUACGAAGGAGGUGGCAACACGUCCGCGAUGCUCACCGAGUCCUUCUGCACGGACACAGCGUUGCUGGACUAUACGUUUCGGGUGGACCAACCACUGGCAGGCGAGCCAAACAAGAACAAGGUGCUUACCAUGUCUUCGCCUGGAGACUUGACAGACUACCUGGAAACGUACGACAACAGUUACCCGCUCUUCCUGUACUUUGUCUCGGGCUACCACGAGUUCAAUGGACGUCUAUGGUGCCCGUACUGCGACCAGGCAGACGUGGCUAUCAUGCAUUAUUAUAACUACACCGCACCAGACAACGCCGUCCUAGUACGGAUAAUCGUGGCUGGUACGCAUAAGGAGUGGAAGCAGGACACGAACCCGUAUAAGCUGCCUGAGUUUCAGGAAAAGGUGGCGCCGUUGCGUGGAGUGCCGUUCCUGGGAUUCGUGUCGAAGGACGUCCCUGCCAACGAGAUCCGCGUGGACAAGUUCACAUCGACCUACAAGGAAACUGACAAGUUGAAGGCGUUUUUCACAAACAAACCUCAAACGACACGGCCCAGUGUAGAAAAGUAA